AUGAACAAAUUUUUUUAUUCAAUUGAUAAUAAUAAUAAUAAUAUUUCAUUUAAAAAUCAUACAUUAAUAUGGCCAUCACUAACACUUGGUAAUAUUGGUCAAUUAACAAUCGAUGUUUUAAUAUGUUCAUUCGAAUUCAAAAGAAUUGGUUUCAUUGUUGAUGAAAAUAUUACACCAAUCAUUGGAAAUGAUUGUUUUACAACAUUAGAUAAUAACAAUGGUAUAAUGUCAACAAGUAUUGAAGUUUAUCAAUCCUCAUUAUUUCCUUCAAUUACAUUAGUUCAACAAAGAUCACCAAUAGUUGAUGGUCGUAUUCCAAACUUUUCAGAAAAUUUAUUUAAAUGGAUCAAUGCAGAAGAAAUUAAAGAGAUUUUAUUCCUUUCAAGUAGUAAUGCAAAUAAAAGAGUUGAUUCUCAAUUAACAGGAUCACAAGUUAGAUUUAUUAAAUCAGAUAAUGUUGAUAAAAAUAUAAUUUCAAAAUUAAAUGAAAUGAAUAUUUCAGAGAUGGAAUUAACUGUACAAUCACCAGAGGGUGAAACAAUUCAACUUAGUAAUAGAUUAACUGGUUUAGCAAAAGAAAUUUAUUCAACAAUUAAUAGCAAAAACAACGACAACAACAACAAGGUUUCAUUUUUAUGUUUAAAUUUAUUCUGUUCAGAAGGUUAUAAUACUAAUGAAGCUUUACAAAUGUCAAAUUUAAUUUAUAAUUUCAUUAAAAAUCAAGAAUCACCAUCUUCACCACAAUUAAAAACUCCAUCUUGUUGGAAAUUACUUCAAGGUCCAACUUUUGAUCAAUCAUUAUUUUUUUAA